GCGACUCCGGGCCCGAGGCCGAGAGACGGUGACUGGCCCGCGGCGCUGACAGACCCGCGGCGGUGACGGGGCGACUGUGGUGGUCGCGGUGGCUGCGAUGGCGUUGGGGAACAUUAUAUUUCUAACAAGAAUCAGUAAUUGGAAGAACAAGAUUAAGUAUACAAUUAUGUUAAAAUGAAGUUUUGACCAGCAGAGGUGAUAUAGCAGAUUUGUCUUCUGAGUAUAAAUUAAAAAUGAGUGAAGUUCAAGCAAUGGUGGAAUUUUCUGUGGAGCUAAACAAGUUCUACAAUGUGGAUUUAUUCCAGAGAGGUUUUUACCAGAUUCGUGCAUCUAUGAGAAUUCCACCAAGGAUUCCCCAUAGAGUAGAAGCCAGUUUGUUACAUGUAACAGGUAUGUCUCUAGCCUUUCCGGCUUCAGUUCAUGAUUCUUUGAUUUGCAGCAAAACAUUUCAAAUUCUAUACAAAAAUGAAGAGGUGGUUUUAAAUGAUGUAAUGAUCUUCAAAGUUAAAAUGUUGUUGGAUGAAAGAAAGAUUGAAGAAACUCUUGAGAAAAUUAAUUUUCUAUUAUGCUUGGAUCUAUACUUCACAGAUGGAGAUUAUUCGGCAGAUGAUCUGAAUGCUUUACAACUAAUAAGUAACAGAACUUUGAAGCUGCACUUUAGCCUCUACAGAGGGAUUCAUCAUCAUGUUAAUGUUAUGUUUGAUUAUUUCCACCUUUCUGUGGUAUCUGUUACAGUUCACGCAUCACUGGUUGCACUACAUCAGCCACUAAUAAGCUUCCCUCGCCCUGUGAAGACUACUUGGUUAAACAGAAAUGCACCAGUACAAAACAAAGAUUCUAUGAUUCCCACUCUGGAAAGUGUGGUUUUUGGUAUUAACUACACAAGACAGUUAUCACCAGAUGGCUGUAACUUCCUCAUUGCAGACUCUUUCCUACACCAUGCUUAUCAUUUUCAUUAUACACUCUGUGCCACUUUGCUACUGGCCUUCAAGGGAUUGCACAGCUACUUCAUUACGGUAACAGAAGAGAUUCCCUCUUGUCAGAAACUAGAACUGGCCAAGGCCAACAUGCAGGUCCUCUAUGAGCGCCUUCUCAGAAGAAAACAGUCAAGAACCCAGAAAGACAUCAGUACAGUAGAGGAAAUAGAUGUAGAAGCUCGACUUGCUGAACUAUGUGAAGAAGUUAAGAAAAUAGAAAAUCCUGAUGAACUUGCAGAGCUUAUAAAUAUGAAUCUUGCACAACUGUGCUCACUUCUGAUGGCUUUAUGGGGACAAUUUUUAGAAGUUAUAACACUACAUGAAGAACUGAGAAUAUUAUUAGCACAAGAACACCAUACCUUGAGGGUUCGCAGAUUUUCUGAGGCUUUCUUUUGCUUUGAACAUCCUAGAGAAGCUGCGAUUGCAUUCCAGGAACUUCAUGCUCAGAGUCAUCUACAGAUGUGCACCGCUAUCAAAACCACUUCCUUCUGCAGUUCUCUUCCACCCCUACCUAUUGAAUGUAGUGAAUUAGAUGGAGAUCUCAAUUCAUUACCUAUAAUCUUUGAAGAUAGGUAUUUAGAUUCAGUUAUUGAAGGUAAACUUGUUAUCUGCCAGGAUGAUAGUGAAACUACACCCACGGAACAAAACCUGGCAUCCAGAAGCUCAUCAGAUGAAUGCCAUGGUCAUCAAACAGCCCCACCUUCAGAAGUUAGAACUCUUGAAGUGAACCCCAGUAAUAAAGAUCCUUUCAGUGGGGAGAAAAUAACUGUUAAAAUAGGACCUUGGACAGAGCUUCAACAAGAUGAACUAUUUGUGGAUAAUUUACUGCCCAACUUUGAGUCUUUAGAAUCUAAUGGUAAAUCCAAGUAUAUAGAAGUAACAGUUGAAAAGGAAGCUUUGCAGGAAGCAAAGUACCAUUCUGUUGGAGAAUCAUUAGCUAAAUUAAGAAAUAAUCCACCUGCUUCUUCUACAAAAGAAUAUCAUGUUGUAGUAAGUGGAGAUACAAUUAAGUUACCAGAUAUGAAUGCCACAUAUGCCUCUUCUAGAUUUUCAGAUUCAGGUGUUGAAAGUGAACCAAGUUCUUUUGCAACCCAUCCAAACCCUGAGAUAGUCUUUGAAACUGCACAAGGUCAAGGUCCUUUCAGUGAAAGAUUAUUUCCUCAGCUUUUGGUGAAACCUGAUUAUAACGUAAAAUUUUCAUUAGGAAGUCAUUGCACUGAGAGUACAAGUGCUUUAAGCGAGAUACAGUCAUCGUUGACAUCUAUAAACUCUCUACCUUCUGAUGAUGAAUUGUCACCUGAUGAAAAUUCUAAGAAAUCUGUUGUAUCUGAAUGUCAUCUCUUAGAUAGCAAAACUGUACUAAGUCUAGGAACAAUUGAUAUACAAAAAUGUGAUACUCAAAAGUCAAGUAUUAUUUUGCAACAACAAUGUGUUGUAUUUUCAGGGCAUUUGGACAGUGAAACUUCAACAAUACAUUCCUCAAAUGCAAGUACUAAAGACCCUUUCCAACUUGUCUUUUCAGAUAAAGAUAGUUCCAGUGGUGUGAAAAGUAGUUGCAACUCCAAACCUAAUGUGGAUGCUAUUUAUAAAGACUCCCAGAGUUCUGAUAAGCCUAGUAACUUUUCAGGAACAGCAAUUGCAUUAAAUACAAAGCUGAUUUCAUUGGGUACUGCUUGUGUUGUGUCAGGUUCCAUUUCUACUAGUGGAGAGGUUAGUGAUGGUAGAACUGUGGAAACAAAAAGUAACGAUCUAUUAGAUCUCAAACAAAUUUAUUCAGAAGCCCCAGCUGUUGAAAGUGAAACUCAUAUGAGUGUGAGUGAGCCUUUUUCAGCCAGUGCUGAUGUAGUAAAGCAAGGGCUUGUAGAAAAUUAUUUUGGUUCUCAGAGCAGUACAUGUAUUUCUGAUGCGCGUGCUGUUACCAUCUGCAAUUCUGAUAGCUCUUGGAAGGAAACUUGUGAAAAUGGAAAUAGUAAUCCUCAGCAGGAACAGGGCAAAGAGGAUGAGGAGGAAGAACAGGAUCAAGAACUGGUUCAAAAUGGGUAUUAUGAAGAAACACAUUAUCCAAAUUUAGAUGGAACAGGAAGUGCUCGCUAUACAGGCAGAGAUGCUGAAGCAGAAGAAGGAUUUGGAAAAUCUGAAAAAGCAAAUAGUGAUUAUCCAAGGGAUGGGAUGAAUAUUCCUACUGUUUGUACUUCUGGGUGUUUGUCUUUUCCAUCUGUACCACGAGAGUCUCCUUGUAGUCUUAAAUAUUCUUCUAAAAGUAAAUUUGAUGCCAUUACAAAGCAGCCAUGCAGCAUUCCUUACAACUUCACAUCUUCAAUUUCGUGGUAUGAAAAUUCAUCAAAACCUCAAAUACAAGCCUUCCUUCAGGCAAAAGAAGAAUUGAAACAACUUAAACUUCCUGGGUUCAUGUACAGUGAUGUCCCUCUGCUGGCAUCCUCAGUACCUUACUUUAGCAUGGAAGAAGAGGAUAGUUCUGAAGAUGGAGUACAUCUCAUUGUCUGUGUGCAUGGUUUAGAUGGUAACAGUGCAGAUCUCCGACUGGUAAAAACUUACAUUGAACUUGGACUGCCUGGAGGAAGAAUUGAUUUUCUUAUGUCUGAGAGAAAUCAGAAUGAUACUUUUGCUGAUUUUGAUAGCAUGACAGAUCGCCUUUUGGAUGAAAUAAUACAAUAUAUUCAAAUAUAUAGUCUAACAGUCUCAAAAAUAAGCUUUAUUGGACAUUCAUUGGGCAAUUUAAUAAUUCGUUCAGUGCUUACAAGGCCAAGGUUUAAAUAUUACCUCAGCAAACUUCAUACUUUUCUCUCUCUUUCUGGACCUCACCUUGGUACACUCUACAACAGCAGUGCUCUAGUUAAUACAGGUCUCUGGUUUAUGCAAAAAUGGAAAAAAUCAGGUUCUCUUUUGCAACUGACAUGUCGAGAUCACUCUGACCCUCGCCAAACUUUUUUAUAUAAGCUCAGUAAUAAAGCAGGACUUCAUUAUUUCAAAAAUGUUGUGCUGGUUGGAUCCCUACAGGAUCGCUACGUUCCUUAUCAUUCUGCCCGCAUUGAAAUGUGUAAAACAGCUUUAAAGGACAAGCAGUCAGGACAGAUCUAUUCAGAAAUGAUCCACAACUUGCUUCGCCCAGUUCUACAAAGCAAAGACUGUAAUUUGGUUCGAUACAACGUCAUCAAUGCAUUGCCCAAUACAGCAGAUUCACUCAUUGGGAGAGCUGCUCAUAUAGCUGUUCUUGAUUCAGAAAUUUUUUUAGAGAAAUUCUUUCUGGUCGCUGCCCUCAAAUAUUUCCAGUAGGAUAAAAGCAUUAUUAGAGACUUGACAAUUACCUCAUCCAACAGUGAUUUAAAUGAUGUAUUAUAGUUAAAUGUAGAUGUUAAUAAGUUCUAAGAAAUAUUUAUACAUUUUUAUAUGGAAGAUAAUUUAUAUCAUCCGUGCAUAGAGCUUUUUAAACAUCAACUUUAUUUUCUAGGUAAUGUGGCUGUGCAAUAUUUUUUUAAUUUUAUCUUUUUACUUUUCUAUUACUUUUUCAUAAAUUUUGCUACCUAUGUAUUUCAGUGAACUUUAAGCCCAUAUGGACAUCUGAUUCUUAUUGGCUCUCACGACUCUUACAUCAGACUACAUCUACUAGAGGCUGUUGUUGCUAGAAUAGCAUGGGAUUUUUAAUUUUCUAGUUUUGGGGUAUUAUUUAGCUAACUAUAAAUUUUUCUUUUAACAUUUUACUGUGUUUUAACUGGAAAUAAAAUAUGGCUGCUAAAAUAUAUUUUUGAAAUCAACUUCUUUACUCCUGAAACAUCCCUUUAUCCUGUGAUCAAACCAGGUAGCUCAUACAUGACAAUGUUGUGGCUGUUUUCUAUGAAACCAUUACUAUUGCUAUUACACAUGUAUCAUGCCUAUUAAAAUAUAUUUUCUUCUGUUGGUUUAAACAUCAUUUCUCAUAUUGACUUUUAUUACUGGAAUUUUUAUGUUCACAUUAGCAGCAUAUAAAAAUUUUUGAAUUCCCUCUGCCUUGAUUUGUUUGGAAUUUUGUGAAGGUAAUGUUGCCUGAACCUUUUGACUCCAUUUCUUUAGCUUUUUCAUAAACUUCCUUGUAUGUACAUAGUAAUUAAAUGUUUAAAUUUAUGCAAUACUUUUGUGAAUUUAGAUAAUUUUUAACUGUUGUUAAAAGUUAUUCAUCUGAAGAGUAAUGUAAAUACUUCAUGUUAAAAUGGAAAAAACUAACUUUACAUGUUUGGUGAUACAGAUGAAAAUGUUUUUGAUAUAUGGAGAUAUUAAAUUUUGACUUUACUAAAGGUGCUGAAUAACAUUAAAUUCACUAUUUUCCUUCCCUGUUUUUCUUGUGAUGCACUAAGGGUGGAUGGAAAGACUGUUUGCAUUCAUCAAUUGUAAUGGACAGAGUUUUUUUUGUAAGUAUGCAUUAUUUAAUUGAUGCAUGUUUAUUUUCAGCAUUGUGUUAAUUGCUUCUGGUGUAAAUAAAUGAACAAAUGUGUGUCUGGAG